GAGAUUUUGCACGAGUGUUCUAUUUAUCGACAUUUCAUUCCAGACAAUAAAUUUUUAGCAAUGUCUCUACAUUUGAUCCGCAAUACCAUCCUUAGCAAAAUUAGCGGGGCUCGUUUGUAUUCUAGUCAGUUACACAAGUGCACUCUAAUCCCAGGAGAUGGAAUUGGCCCUGAGAUUUCUGCAGCUGUGCAGAAAAUUUUCGAGGCAGCCAAGGUACCCAUUGAAUGGGAAUCUGUAGAUGUUACUCCAGUGAGAGGGCCUGAUGGCAAAUUUGGAAUCCCACAGGCUGCCAUUGAUUCUAUCAACAGAAAUAAAAUCGGUCUUAAAGGACCAUUGAUGACACCAAUUGGCAAAGGCCAUCGUUCUUUGAAUCUUGCCCUCAGAAAAGAAUUCAAUCUUUAUGCCAACGUAAGGCCAUGCAGAUCGUUGGAGGGUUACAAAACUCUGUAUGACAAUGUUGAUGUUGUCACUAUCAGAGAAAACACUGAAGGUGAAUACUCAGGAAUAGAGCAUGAAAUUGUUGAAGGAGUGGUACAAUCUAUCAAACUCAUUACUGAAGAAGCUUCAUCUAGAGUAGCUGAUUUUGCAUUUGAAUAUGCUCAAAGCAAUAAUCGUAAGAAGGUCACAGCUGUUCACAAAGCAAAUAUUAUGAGAAUGUCUGAUGGAUUAUUCUUGAGAUGUUGUCGUGAAGCAGCCCAAAAGUACCCAAAUGUUAAAUUCGAGGAAAGAUAUUUGGAUACUGUGUGUCUGAAUAUGGUACAAGAUCCAAGCCAAUAUGAUGUACUUGUCAUGCCUAAUCUUUAUGGUGACAUCUUAUCAGAUAUGUGUGCUGGAUUAGUUGGAGGAUUAGGUCUUACACCUAGUGGAAAUAUUGGAUUAAAUGGAGCUCUGUUUGAAUCAGUCCAUGGAACAGCACCUGACAUUGCUGGACAAGACAAAGCCAAUCCUACUGCUCUUCUUCUUUCGGCUGUCAUGAUGCUGAAACAUAUGGGUCUCAACAGUCAUGCCAAAAUUAUUGAAAAUGCAGCAUACGAAACCAUCAAAGAAGCCAAAUAUUUGACUGGUGAUCUUGGAGGUUCUGCUAAAUGUAGUGAAUACACCAAUGAAAUUUGCAAACGAGUAACAGCACAGACGAAAUAAGUGAACAUUUAAAAGAUCUUUGUAGUGAAAAUUUUGUCCUAUAUGAGCAAUCACUGUCUUGUUCUAUUCAUUAAUUAUUCUUGUGAUUCAGGAAUCACUUAGAGAUAUAUAUCUCUGACGAUUAUAAAAUUAAUUAUUGCAUGUUGAUCAUCUAAUUUUCAUAUUAGGUCUGACCCAUAUUCAUUUUGAGUCUAGAACUAUUUAUAAAAUUGCAUAAAUAAACCUUAAUAGCUAAAAUGUGUACAAAUGUUUUGCAAUGAAUAGCAAAAUUUUACACUUGUAUUAUUUCAAACCAUAGAUUAAUCAUAAUUGUAUUUACCAAAAGUGAUUUGAAGCUUUCAAACAUACAUGUUUUAUAUACUUUAAGACCUUUAGAGUCAGAUCAUUGCUCUAUAAUAUAAUGAUAGUUAAUAAGAUUA